ACCUUGCAUUGCGGCAUUGCAUGAUUUAUGUCACUUGAUCAGUGAUCGCGUAUUGUGUUAUGAAUUUCUCCUACCAAAGAAAUUUCUAAGCAAAUCCUACGUUUUUCUCGUACUUAACGCGAUAUAGAAGGAUAGCAAGCGUGGAAGAGCAGGAUUUAAGGAGGUAUGUUCCCCAUGCGGUUAAAAAUGGGGCCCGGUAGAAACAGCGAAUGGCGAUGUUUCUUUUGCCUUCACGUUCGCACGGCGACCGUUUUGCUUGGUAUAUGGCAUCUGAUACUUCACGUUUUGGCUCUAAGCGUACUUGCUAUUAUAAUGCGCAAUCAUCAGCAGUUGAUGGUGGAACAACAGACCACCCCCGACUACGUUGAGCCAAACAAUUUAUUACCAACUCCUUUAAGUAAAGUGAAAGAUAAUGACAAUCCAUACUUUUUGCCGACCACUCAAGACGGUCGGACUUUGUACUCUUCUGACAUGGACAUGGGGGCUCUAAUGACAGUGUGCACGUUAGCAAUUACGUUGCUAUUAGUGUAUGGAACCUUAAAAGGACGGGCGACUCACUUGCUACCCUUUUUCUGUCUGCAAUUGUUUGACUUUGCUAUCACAACAUUGACCGCGACCGGAUACUUCUGCUAUUUGCGUUCAGUACAUAGUCUAGUCGCCGAUCACUGGCAUAAUCUUCCAUUCCGAAAGGAAUUACUGCAACUGAGCCCACAAUAUUUAUCGUUGAUUGUGUUGAUAGCAUUCCUCAUAUCAAUGCUGUGGAAGGCUUACUGCAUCGGCAUCGUUUGGAGAUGCUACAAGUUUUUAACUCUCCGCAAGCAAGCCAUGAGAAGCACGGUUCAUUACAUUUUACCUGGCGAGGGAUCAGAUCGUCUGCCGGAACCUGACUAUUCGUCUCUACUGCCCGAUUACGAGGCGGCGUGCGCCAGCGUUCUGAAACAGCCGCCCCCUCCGUCGUAUGCGGUCGCCAUGUCAUGCCUACCUCCCGCUUACAGUAAUACUCAGAUUUCUGCCGAUGGCACACCAGCCGAAAAUGAGCCCGCUACGACUGAACCGAAUCAAAUUACUCAAUCGGUUAUUGUCGAGAAUGAAAAUAAGGACGAGGAGGUAGCACCUCAAGGUAAUGUAACCUCCCAAGUGGUGGUUGAGAGUGCCAAUGUGCACCAGAAUUAGAUUUUUCUGUUUUAUUUUCUAUAACGCAUUAGAAAGUGCAAUAAUAAUUUUUUUUAACUCAUGAAGUACUUAGUCCUAGACUGUAGUGAUAUCGUUCUCAUUUAUUUGUGUGUAUAAGAAGCAGUGCUUAUUAUACAUUGAAAAACUGCGACCUGGUGAGGUUAUUUAUUGUGAAUUAGAUGAAAAUAUAUUUUUUUAUUAAGUUGUUUUUUUUUUAAUAUGAUUUACUUAUGUUGUCUGUAAGGCUUACCAGAGUUGCACAAAGACUAUUUUCUGGUACGCCCAUGGGAAUAUCACCAGAUGUCGAAAUAAGAUUCUGUAGUGUGAGAAAAAGACCAGUGGUAAAAUAAGACUUCUGUUGGAAGCGCAUGUUAGUUCCUUUUAGAGAGGUUAACGAGACUGUACACUUACAAUAUGUACUUAAAUUUUUUAGUAGCAGCUACUUCUAGUGUUGUUUCUUACACACACAUUCCUAUUUUCGUUAAUUACUUAUCAACCAUGUAGAUGUUAAGCAAUCUGCUAAUGUCUGAAAAGCAAAUGCAUGUAAAUAAUUUUAUCAACAAAUGUUAAUAACGAAAAUUGUCAACUUCGAAUAUUAGACCUUAUUGAGUAGUUCUUGUUGGAACUGUAGAAAACCAUUAUUAAUAUAAAUGUCUUUUCCUAUAAUAAAAGUGAUUAAUAUUUA